CAUUGCGACAAACCCGGCGGCCAGGACAGGGGCAGGGGGCGGCGACGACGAGUGUGUAGUCCAGCGCGUUGCGACACUCACUCCUCGGCGGCGAGGUGCGAGCGGGCCGCGGGCUGCGUCCCCCUCCGUCACUCUGCGUCGCGACGUCGAGCCGAGGGACGGCUCCGGGCGACGACGCGCCCCCUCACCCAGGACGUUGCCGUGCCGCGGCGGCCACGACGAGGCACUCGUUGAGAGGGACCACCACCACCACCACCACUAGCACGUGGGCGACGACGCCCACCAAGACCCGCAGCCAUGGCGGCCAUCGUGCAGAGGAUGUAUUCCCUCUACCGCUACACGUUCGAAGAGCUCAGCGACCCCCGCACGUCGAACUGGUUCAUGGUAGGCGGACUGGCGCCCGUGCUCAUGGUCCUGGGCGCCUACCUCUACUUUGUGCUCAGCCUGGGGCCUCGCCUCAUGCAGCACCGCAAGCCCUUCAACCUGGAUAAGAUCAUGAUCGUCUACAACGCGGUGCAGGUCGUCUGCAGCCUGCACGUCGUCAGGGAGGCGAUCGUCUGCUGUUACAGCGGCCAGUACAACAUGUUCUGCGAGCCCGUCAACUACGGGACCGACGAGCACUCGCUUAGGAUUGCUGGAGAUUUCUGGUUCUACUACAUGCUGAAAUACGCCGAUCUUCUCGACACGAUCUUCUUCGUCCUCCGGAAAAAGACCAGGCAGAUCAGUUUCCUUCACGUUUACCACCACACGGGCAUGAUUCUCAUCGGGUACUUUUCGACCAAGUUCCUGGCGGGCGGCCACGGGGCGUUCGUCGGGCUCGCUAACUCCCUGGUGCAUGCCGCCCUCUACUCCCACUACCUCGUCUCCAUCCUGAGCCCGGAAAUGGGCAGGUACGGGUGGUGGAAAAAGUACCUCACCCAAAUGCAAAUGGUGCAAUUUGGCUUCAUCUCGCUCCACUGGCUGCAGCUCAUCUUCCAGCCCGAUUGCACGUACCCCAAGUUCACGGUCGGCGUCAUCGUCCCCCAGAACGUCUUUCUGUGCCUCCUCUUUUACGACUUCUACCGCAAGACGUACACCAAGGGCUGGCAGAAGAAGGGCUCCGGCGGCGGUGACGCGGUGAAGCGGGACACGGCCCAAGACCCGGGCAGUCUCGUCAGUGGUAAGAAGAAUGUCCCCGAAGACGGCAAAAUAACGGGCAAGUUCUUAUUCGUCCUCGUCUUCGUCCAAGUCCGUUUCAGAACCAGUGGAGUAACCAAUAGGACUCGUCCUUAUCUCAACUUUUAGAAUCUUUGUACCGGGUGUUUCUUUGAUUGCGAUACAGUGUGGCGGGGUUGCCCGCUCCCUCCGUCCCGAGCGAGUCUGCAUUCCGCAAGCCCGCAACUCUGUCGCUGUCGAUGCAUCGAAACACUUGCUGAAUACCCACAGGAAACUUUUAUUCAAUAAAAAAAUGUGACGAACUUGAUGCACCGAGAUGCCGAAAAACCCCGUCGGAUUUUGUAAUUGUACUUUACCGCAUUCAGGUGGGUGGGCGGGUUCGUCAACGCUGUCUCUAGCUAUGGCGCCUUGCGAGUAGGCAGACCGCCCGCACGCGAGCAUACGGAUUCGUAUAACUGCAGGGUGUCCCAUUCGAGGCGGGACUUUCCCGCCACUAGUUUGAAUCGACGGCCUCACCGUGGUUGGUUUAGGCUGUGCAACUGAUGUUGCCUUUGCCUCAUCUUCCCCAGCUCUCCGUGCCUGCAAAGCGAUAUGCACAUGCAGGAUAUGGAUUCAAAGAAGUGAUGGGAAAAUCCCACCUGGCAUGGGACACCCUUUAAAACAUUCCGAUGGGGUAUUUCGCCAGCUGGUACAUCAAAAACUUCCAUGUACAUAUUGUUUAGCUCAUAUUAUAAAUGAUGUAGAUUUCUUCUUUUUUUUAAGAAAAUCGAAAGUCAACAAUAAACAUGUGCAAGGUUUUCUA